AUGGAGUUGGAGAACCCUCCGACUAAUGCGUCGGAGUUGACCUCGCUUCCAGUCAUGAGCUGGAAGCGCUUCGCAAAGGAUCUGUACGAUGGACGCAUCGAACAGCUAUGCAUUCUUUCGGAACGCGAAAGAAUGACAAGCGAAGCGGAAGUGUUGAGACAACUCAUCGCAGGAAGCGCCACUGAGAGCGAGGAUACUCUCAGUGAUAUGACCAAGAAGGAGCGCUUCGAGGAAAAAAGUUGGGACUCACUGAAGUCGAGUCCCUAUUACGAGAUUCUGCGAGAGCACAAGGACGUCCUCCCGGUCGAGAUCCCUGCGGAGCUUCCGCGGAACAAGGGAAUACAGAACCAGAUUGAUCUCGUGCCGGGAUCAAAGUAUUGUGUGACGCGGCAGUGGCCACUGCCGCGGGAGCAAGUGAAGGCAAUCGACGACUUCUUCGAAAGUCGUCGCAAGGCAGGACAAGUGCGGGAAUCGAAGUCCCCGCACAGCGCACCAACGUUCUGUGUCAAGAAGUCACAGGCUGGCUGGCGCAUCGUUAAUGCGUACAACAAGCUGAACGAUGCGACGAUACCGGCGCAGACACCGAUACUUCGAAAAGAUGUCAUCAUCGAUUCGAUGUCCAAGAGCACGAUCUACAGUGCUCUUGAUCUGAGAGACGGAUUCUAUCAGAUCCUGAUGCGUGAGAGUGAUAUUCCUCUCACGGCGGUAAGCACCCCAAGCGGUAUGCUUUGGGAGUGGCUAGUAAUGCCGCAAGGACUGAAGAACGCCCCUGCGACCUUCAAUAGAUGCGUCACGCAUCUAUUGCGCUCGCCGGCUCUGAACGACAAGACGGACAUAGAGAUGCACAAGGAGCAUCUCCGACAUCUGCUUGGGUUCAUGCACAAGCUCUAUGCGAACCUGAACAAGUGCAUCUUCGGUGCAAGCGAGAUACCCGUGCUAGGGUGUCUCGUUGGGAAGAACGGCGUACGCCCUGACUCCGAGAAGGUCAGAGUGAUCAAUGAAUGGCCUACGCCAUCCAACGUGAAGGAACUGCGGCAAUUCCUUGGCCUUGCCACGUACUUGUGCAAGUACGUGGAAAACUACGCAGGCAAGAUUCGCCCGCUGUCGCAGCUCCUGAAGAAGGAAGCUGCGUGGAUAUGGACUGCUGAGUGUCAGCAGGCAUUCGAUGCAGUCAAGCAAUGCUUGACUGAAGCGCCGAGCUUUGCGGUGGCUAACCAAGAUCGUCCCUUUCACGUAGUGUGUGACGCAUCCGACUUUGCGAUCGGAUGUGCGUUAAUGCAACUCGAUCACGAGGGCCGGGAUCGAGCCGUCUAUUAUCAGUCGCGUCAGCUGAAGCCAACUGAGCGAAACUACCCAGUGCAUGAAAAGGAACUCCUUGCCAUGAAGUAUGCACUCGCAAAGUUCCGAGUGUACUUGCUCGGCAACACGCCGUUCGUGGUCUAUACGGACCACGCGUCGUUGCGGACGGCUGUGAAGUCUCCGCACAUCUCGUAUGGCGAGAUGGUUGUCCUUCUUUGCGGACCGACAUCAACUGAGUUGAUGUCGGAGUGUUGGGAGUUCAUCCCGAUGGACUUCGUGUUUGGUCUUCCGCGCGAUUCCAGGCGGAAGACUGGUAUUGUGGUCUUUGUGGACCGCUUCAGCAAGAUGGUGCAUCUCGCUGCUGUCGCAGCGGAGGUGACCUCCGUACAGACGGCACGUCUGUUCGUAGACACAGUGUUUGAACACCAUGACAUGCCCACCGACUUUGUGUCGGACCGAGACCAACGCUUCAAGGCGCGUUUCUGGCAAGAAGUGUUCACACUUCUUGGAACACGGUUCUCCAUGUCGACUGCGGAUCAUCCGCAGACGGACGGGCAAACCGAGCGCGUGAAUCGCGUGCUCGUAGACUAA